AUGCUUAAGAUUAAUAUUGAACUAAUCACUAGGAUUAGUGUUGAUGUUAAAACAAUUUACGGUAUUCAGACUAAACGAAAAUGUAUGCUCAACUUUUAUUCAUCGUCUAGUUUCGAUGACAAAGAUCAAAACGUUAGACAUGUUUGUGAUAAAACAUCUCAUGAAAAAGAUCAAAUGAUGAGAUAA